UCCUGCUGUCCCAUUUCAGUCUGUUCCCUCCACUGUAAUAACUGAACCCCUCCCUCUCUACGUAAUCCUACGUGAACUUCGGCAGGAGAAAGUUUUUGGGCGAAAACGUAGCCCUGUCUGUGUGGAGUGGAUGUAUGGUAAUCGGCCUUUGGAAGAAAAUAACUUGACAUUUUGGCUUGAUAAAUGGAUUUUAACAAAGCUUUGUGGCGCUGUAGAAUUGUAUAGCCCAUUGAAGUGCAGAAGCGUUUGUUCCAACUUUCGUUUUUAACUUGUGGCGUUCUGUUUUAUUUUUCUCCGACCAAAAGAGACAUUGGGGGAGAACCGUAUUUACCGGUGACAGUUUUCAAGGGAAAGGGAAAACAAGCGGAUUUUAUGCUGAAGAAAAGCAGAAACUCCCCAGGAGAAAUGAGAGUGUAAUUUUGACCUUCGUGUAUGUUGAGCAAUACUUUUUAAGGCAUUUCUUAACCUCUUAAACGUUACAAAUAAGUGUAAGAAGAACAUUGGAAAGUGUACUGGUUUUGUUAAAGGUCGUAGUUUCUGAUAAUUCACCCAAAACUUUGAAAGACAUUAUGGCGAAGAAGUACGACUUCCUUUUCAAAUUAUUACUCAUCGGAGAUAGUGGAGUGGGGAAAACAUGUCUGAUUAUUCGAUUUGCUGAGGACAACUUCAACUCAACCUACAUAUCAACUAUCGGCAUCGACUUUAAAGUAAAGACGAUAGACGUGGAGGGAAAGAAAGUCAAACUGCAAGUCUGGGACACAGCAGGGCAGGAGAGGUUUAAGACCAUCACUACAGCCUACUACAGAGGAGCUAUGGGCAUCAUCCUGGUGUAUGACAUCACAGACGAGAAGUCCUACGAGAACAUUCAGAACUGGAUGAAGAGCAUCAAGGAGAAUGCAUCAGCGGGGGUCAGCCGGAUGUUGCUAGCUAACAAGUGUGACAUUGAGGCCAAGAGGAAGGUAUCCAAGGAAACGGGGGAAAAGCUGGCAAAGGAUCAUGGGAUCAGAUUCUUUGAGACCAGUGCAAAGGCCAGCAUUAAUGUUGAUGAGUCUUUUAUGGCUUUGGCUCGAGAUAUUCUACUGAAGUCCAGCAAGAAGCCGGGCCCCACAGGUCGCGAGGUCAAAAUCACCAACGCUGAGAAGAAAUCCUCCAAAUGUCUCCUACUGUAGAGGCAGAGCUGGCCUGUCCUGCCUGACUCUUCGUUGCCUGAGGGAACUAUCACAUAUAGGAACAAUAUUAUUGCAAAGGAAAUGGUUUCAAAGGCGCAAUCCACAAGUUCUCUGUCCCCUGUGGCAACAAAAUCCAUUUCAAACACUAUUGACUUGAAAAAAAUAUUUAUGUUUUCAUUUACUUCCCCCUCCCCUUUAAAAAGUGCUAACUACACUUUUUUUGACCAGAAAGCGAACUUCUGGAUUGCACUUUUAAUGACCAUGAAACUAUGUUGAGGUGGUCCAAGGGCAUUUUACAGAGGAAUAUCCAGUGGUUUGUUUAAACAAUAGGAUGAACACCACCUUGAUUUCAACCAAAACAUGUUUUCUAUCAACUGUCUUCAAUCUCCUGCAAUGGCUUUGUUGUCUUGGUGACUGACUGAUUGACAUGGUAUGUUUACACUCCACCAGAGCCAUACAGAGUUAAGGAAAAUAUCUUCCAUGUUGGCUCCACAUGUUCCAUGAGGCAACAUUCCAAAAUGAAUUCCUUCUACAAUGAUCUGUUGAACUAGAUUUUUUGGAACCAACAUGGUGGUCGAUCAAAUUCUAAAUCCCAAACUGAGUUUGCUGAACUCUGUAAACCCAUGGCUCUGGACUUCACACUGUAGAGUAGUGGUACACAGCUCCUUAAUGGAACAAGAGUCUGCUGUGUUUCAUUCUAUCUCUCUAUGUCAAUUAUUUUUCCUUGAUUAACCAGGAACAUUAACAAGUGACCUUUCAGUCAAACUGCCAAUCACAUUCUUGCUUUUUGAUUGAACAGUUGAUGUAACAGUAGAUUGUCUCGAGAGUGUAAUCACUGGGCUCCUCGGAUCGAAAUGAGUUCCUGAUGGAGAGACAAGGUCAAAAAGCAGCAGGUAUUACUGUAACAUUAAAGGUAACUACUACCAUAAUGAGGACCCUAGAGGACCUGAGUUGUGCACCGCUGCCAUAGAAUCACUUUUCAGUGUCAUAGCCAAAGAAUUUAAAUUAGGACAACACACAGACAUUCCUUUCCAUUUGUUUUAUUUCUAUGUUCAUAGCAGCUCAUAGCUGUUUAGGAGGAGCAUUCAAGAGAGUGACGGGAGUUUAGAUCUAUAUGUUCUAACUAUGGUGAUGGUAUAUUAUGCUCUUAAAGGGAUAGUUCACCCUGAAUUGUAAUUUUGGCUGUGUUUUCCACACUACGUAAAGAUGAGUGAUCUGGGUUGUGCCUGUUGUAAACUAUUCUUCUACUACAUAAAGUGUGGUACAUGGUUGGACUGAGGAUGUGGAAGAGGGAGACAGGGAAGUGCAAGAGGAGAGGAGUGAUGAGAGAAUGAGAUGGAUAGAUGAAGCAAGGGAACAAAAACACGAGUAAAGCAAGUGUCAUAGAGACAGGGAUGGAAUGAUGCUGAUGAGAGUUGGACAUAGAGGGAUGAGAUGUUCUCUUUUUUGCUGAUAGACAUACUGACCAUUUCUGAUCUGAUAGACAAACGGACCUUUUCUGAUCUGAUAGACAUACUGACCCUUUCUGAUCUGAUAGACAUACUGACCCUUUCUGAUCUGAUAGACAUACUGACCCUUUCUGAUCUGAUAGACAUACUGACCCUUUCUGAUCUGAUAGACAAACUGACCCUUUCUGAUCUGAUAGACAAACUGACCCUUUCUGAUCUGAUAGACAAACUGACCCUUUCUGAUCUGAUAGACAUACUGACCCUUUCUGAUCUGAUAGACAAACUGACCCUUUCUGAUCUGAUAGACACACUGACCCUUUCUGAUCUGAUAGACAUACUGACCCUUUCUGAUCUGAUAGACAUACUGACCCUUUCUGAUCUGAUAGACAUACUGACCCUUUCUGAUCUGAUAGACAUACUGACCCUUUCUGAUCUGAUAGACAUACUGACCCUUUCUGAUCUGAUAGACAAACUGACCCUUUCUGAUCUGAUAGACAUACUGACCCUUUCUGAUCUGAUAGACAUACUGACCCUUUCUGAUCUGAUAGACAUACUGACCCUUUCUGAUCUGAUAGACAUACUGACCCUUUCUGAUCUGAUAGACAUACUGACCCUUUCUGAUCUGAUAGACAAACUGACCCUUUCUGAUCUGAUAGACACACUGACCCUUUCUGAUCUGAUAGACAUACUGACCCUUUCUGAUCUGAUAGACAUACUGACCCUUUCUGAUCUGAUAGACAUACUGACCCUUUCUGAUCUGAUAGACAUACUGACCCUUUCUGAUCUGAUAGACAAACUGACCCUUUCUGAUCUGAUAGACAUACUGACCCUUUCUGAUCUGAUAGACAUACUGACCCUUUCUGAUCUGAUAGACAUACUGACCCUUUCUGAUCUGAUAGACAUACUGACCCUUUCUGAUCUGAUAGACAAACUGACCCUUUCUGAUCUGAUAGACAAACUGACCCUUUCUGAUCUGAUAGACAUACUGACCCUUUCUGAUCUGAUAGACAAACUGACCUUUUAUCUCAUGCACCUGUUCAACAGCUUUGGAAAAAAAGAAACACCCUUCCUUCCUCUUUCAGACAGACCAGGGCCCUGGUCCAAUGCACCCCUGGAGGUAAUCACUGAUGUACUACUGGAUAGAUUUGCAAAUAUAUCUCUCCAUAUAUCAUUUACUGUACUGUGAUUGGACAAGACUUCCACCUCGAUACUUUCACCAAUCCAAACGUGUCAGAUCAGUGAUAACUCUGAAGGAAGGAAUGAUGUCUCUUCCCAUGCCAGACACUACAUAAUCAUUACUGUGCCAGCAAGCUUCUCUGUCUAUGGGUUCAUUUCAAUACUCUAAAGUGGCUUCUGGGAAGAAGUUGAGGGGAAGAAGCUACUCCAGACUAUUGAGAUGAUGCACCCUGUGUGUUUUUACUCUGAUAUCUCACUGUCCCCUCCCUCACCUUUCCUCUUUUCCUUCACACACAUGUUCAUCCUAUCCACUAUUCCUUGUCUGAUCAAUUAUCUUAUGACCAAUGUAUACUAUUCUACAUAGGCGCUGCUUAGCCUAUUCAAUAAAAGACUGUCAAAAAGAA